CUUCAGCUCUAUGCUUUAUAUCUUAUCUCCUUCUUCACGUUAAUUCUCAGCCGACUUUAUCGUCUUCCUCCAUACUUCUGCCUGGGAGGAUCUUAAUUUCUUUCGUCUGAAAAUCUCCCGGCCCGUCAUGCUUUGUUUACUGGUUCGUCGAUGGUACCAGGAGAAUAUAUAUAUAAUUAUACACACAAUUUCCGCCAUUAUCGAUAUAUGAACAACCUAACGCAGUUCUGUCAGCUUCUUGUUUUCCAGUCAGUCUCAGUUGUAAUCCUCUAUUGGUUUUACAAGUUUUCUUAAUUUUCCCUUCUCGAUUUUCAUCGUCGAAUCCGGAGAUUUGAUUGCUCGAAAUUAAAUUCUCUCUCCGGAUAAUCGUGUUUGUUUAUUCGGAAUUUUACUGCGAGAAUCGGUAAGGAGCAUUUUCCUCGUCGCCAAACAAUCCGCCGUUGGGCGACCAAAAUUUCUUGGAUCGGGUUCGGGAAUUUCUAGAAAAAUGGUGAAGCAGGGGAUUCAGCUGACGAACUCGGUUUUGGAAAAAGACGCGCGAUACGCCGUGAUUACGGACGAGAAGAGAAGGAAGAGAAUGCUGUCGAACCGCGAAUCGGCGAGAAGGUCACGGCUGAGGAGGCAGAAGCAGAUCGAGGAUCUGGUCAACGAGAUUGCUCUUCUGAAUAGAAAAAUACAGGAGGGAAACAAGAGGUUUGAUAUCAUAAUGGAGAGCAAUAAGGCUGUGGAGUCCGAGAAUAACGUGCUGAGGGCUGAGAAGACGAGACUGGCGAAUUAUAUGUUUCAUUUGGAGAUUAUGAUACUGAAUAGCUGUAUGCAGGUCGGUAGUUCGUCCGUCGCCGGCUGCUCCUGCGACGGCCAGUCAUCGGAAAAAAUGGCGUCGCCGGAACUUUGCCGGGUACCAUGGCAAGUUGGGGGUGCGACACAGCCGAUUAUAUCCCCUGGGAUCUUCGAGUUUUAAUGAAUUACUAGUCGUAAUUUAAUAAAAUCGUCAGGAUGUUGAUGAUGAUGAAACCAAUUUUCUCAGGUUACAUUCUUCUGGUAAUUGAUAUGACGUGUCGCUCCUUGUUUGGUUAAUACCAUAAAGAAUUUUCAUCA